GUUGUAAAUCUGUAGAAUCUUCUAGAAAGAUUGUGGGGAACUAUAUAAGAAGCUGCAGCAGGUUGUUGCGUUUAGAGGAAAAAGAAGAGAAAAAGAUAAAGGAAAUAAAGGAGUUAGUGAAAACAAUUGAUUUCAAGGUUUAUCACGAAACCAGAAGUGUGAUCCAAAAAUACAACUCACAAAUGGCUUUCAGUCAUUUUCCGUGUAGACAGCACAUAGGCAAUGUAUUCUUUUAACUCGAACGGUAACAACGGUAACGGCUGUAUCAUUGUUACAAUAAAAUUUGGAAACCGUUUGUUAUUCUUUCUGUAAGCUUCAUGAAAUGCCGACUUUAACUUGUGGCUUAUGCAGUAUGUUUGAUAGCAUUCUCCACAAUUGCUCCCUUCGCAAUUUUUUAUUAGCCUCUGGCAAAACGCUUGAUUUGAGUUGAUGUUGCCAUUUUUUUACCUCUAAUUUUGUCUAUAAUGCAGACAGUCACUGAAACUAUAGAAGUGAAAAAUGAAGUCAACCAUGAAGAUUUUACAUGUUUUGGGCUCACCAUCGGAUGAAUACAGUUUUCGCCUAGGCAUUCUUUAUGGAGGCUCGUUUCCAGAGGACAUGCAAUCGAAACAGUAUGACUACAUUUUCAGUUACGCCCUUGUAAGACCAACUGGCACCUGGUCAUUUGUGAAGAAACUGUCCGACAUUGUGGACCUAGAAAAGCUGGAGGAAAGAGAAAACAACGUAAAGAAGAUGGACAUCACCACUGCCCUUCAGUACAUCAUGGACGUCCUAAAACCGGAUCUGGCUUUAGUCCACUCUCAUUGUUUGAAAGGAAUGACAUCUCAUAGGGCUCUUUUUGAGGCAUUGAAUAUUCCCGUAGUGGGUGGAUCAGCGGAAUCGCGAUAUCUCACCAUGGAUAAACUCAGCACACGCGGUGUUUUACUUUCUUCCGGCAAUGUUGCAUGUGCUGAUGGACUUAUUUACAGUAAAGGCGACCCUCUACCUUCUACCGAGCAAGUUAAGUACCCAUGUGUUGUUAAGGCAAGUAAAGGAGAAGACACAAAAGCAGUGCAAUUGGUUAAAGACCCCAAGUUUCUCAACGCAGCUAUUGAGCAUGCGUUAUCGUUUUCAGAUCAUGUGAUCAUUGAAAGGUUCAUAGAGGGUCGGGAAAUUCGCUGCGCUGUUGUAGAAUCAGUAGCAACUGGAGAAUUAAAAGCUUUGCGGUGCAUUGAGUAUAAAGUACGAGAAAACGACAUUCGGACAACCGAAGACAAACUCCUCUGUGAUAAAAAAGGGUUGCCUGUUUGCAAAGCUCCAGAAACUAAAACAUGGUUCCUCGAUCCCUCAAAAGAAGAGAAAUUGAUCCAUCGUAUUCAGCAGAAAAGCUGCUCUGCCUUUCGAGAGUUAGGUCUGCAAGAUUUUGGUUUAUUCGACUUUCGAGUCGACCUUCAAGGAAAUCCAUUUUUUUUGGAAUGCAAUUUGUUCUGUUCCUUUGGUCCUCAGAGCAUUCUCAAUAUAAUUGCUAACAGUUCAGGUAUAACAGGCGAACGUUUAUUUGACAUGAUGGUGAAGAACGCUUUGCUUCGCAAGAAUGUUAUUCAGUAAGUCGAUGGGUCAUUAAAGAAAUUGUUUUCAGUG